AGAAUAAGGGUGAGAAGAGAAGGAAACGAAGAAGAAGAAGGAGAAUGAAGGGGAAAGGUGUGGCAAUAGCACCGAAUCCUUCAGGCAGCGGCGAAGAGUCCAACGGGAACGAGCUCUCUCUGCACACGGCGAGACUCCCUGCCCGAAAUGCUUCUUCCAAAUACGAUUUUGUCAAGGUAAAGGUAUGGCUGGGUGAUAAUGCGGAUCACUACUAUGUUCUGUCCAGAUUUCUCCUUAGUAGAAUGUUGACUGUCACUAAGAUCCCUAAUCAUGUUGCCAUUAAAAUUGCUCUGGAAUUAAAAAAGCUGCUUAUAGACAACAGCCUUCUGGACGUCUCCCAAUCAGAUUUGGAAGCCAAUCUGUUUAAGCUUAUGGAGCGGCGGGGAUAUGGGGAAGAAUACAUUAACCGUUUUAAGAUGAUGACCAGAUUUCAUCACCAAAGAGUACCAUUGGUGAUCCUUGUGUGUGGAACUGCUUGUGUUGGGAAGUCAACCAUUGCCACUCAGCUUGCUCAAAGGCUAAACUUACCUAAUGUUUUACAGACAGAUAUGGUAUAUGAAUUGCUACGCACAUCAACAGACGCUCCGUUGGUAUCUACUCCUGUAUGGGCACGUGACUUCAGCUCGUCUGAGGAACUCAUUACUGAAUUUUGUAGGGAAUGCAGAAUUGUUCGUAAAGGUUUGGCUGGUGAUUUGAAGAAGGCAAUGAAAGAUGGAAAACCUAUUAUAAUUGAGGGAAUGCAUUUGGAUCCAAGUAUUUAUUUAAUGGAUGGCGAGAAUAGAGUAUCAAACAAAGUUCCUACAGAAAAAGAAGAGCCAAAACCUGCUCAUGUUAACAAAGAGGGUGAUAUUGCAACAGAAAUGGAAUACAUUAUAAAAAAUACUUGUGGAAGUAACAAUUGCUGUCCUGGAAAGGUGGGCCAAGAAUUAGUUGUAUCUACUGAUCAGGUGGCAGUAGUUUCAGAGUGUCUACAAUCUCUCGAAUUAGCUGGAAAACCUCCUGAGAACCAAGGUGAAACUUCUAAAGAUCCAGAGAUAAAGACCAAUCAUUCUACGGAGAAAGAGAAGUCUGCUCCUGAGCCCAUAGUUAUACCUAUUGUUCUGAAGAUGGCUGAGUUUGAUCACAAGGCUUUACUAGAGGAAUGGAUUUCUACUAGGAAAUUUGGUGAUAAUUGUCCAUCCCAGCAGGAUCAAGAUAAGCUUAUUAACAACCUAAAAACUAUUCAAGACUACCUCCGCUCUUUUGAUUCACAGGGUCUGACAGUUGUUAAUAUUUCAGCAACAACAUUCCCCCAGACAUUGGAUUGGCUGCAUGGUUACUUUCUUCAGUGUAUUGAACGAGGUAUUUCAUCCGAGUCCACUGAACCUCAGAGGAGAUAGGAUGCAAACUAGGCAGAUGUAAGCCAAAGCUGUGUCAGAUCCCUGUAAUUACAUUUGGAGGAAACAACAUAUUGGCAUGGUGGUGCAGGUGGCGAAUACAUGGAGGUUAGUUGUUGGAUGUUGAAGG